AUGACAGCCUGCUGCAGCUGGAAUGAUGUUUUCCAGUAUGAGACAGACAAAAUCAUCCGGAUCCAAAGCAAGACUUAUGGCACCAUUAAAUGGUUCUUCCACGUGGUGCUCUUUUCUUACAUUGGCUUUGCUUUGGUGAGUGACAAGCGGUACCAGCGGAAAGAGCCUGUCAUCAGUUCUGUGCACAGCAAGAUAAAAGGGAUAGCAGAGGUGAAAAGGGAGAUUAUGGAGAACGGGCAGAAGAAGGUUGUGUGGAAUGUCUUUGACAUGGCGGAUUACACCUUCCCCUUGCAGGGGAACUCCUUCUUUGUGAUGACAAACUUUCUCAAGACAGAAGGCCAAGAGCAAGGGUUGUGUCCUGAGUAUCCCACCCGCAGGACGCUCUGUUCCUCUGAUCGGGGUUGUAAAAAGGGAUGGCUGGGCCCGCUGAGCAAAGGCAUCCAGACCGGCAGGUGUAUAGAUUAUAACGAGAAGCAGAAGACCUGUGAAGUCUUCGCCUGGUGUCCUGUCGAGGCAGCGAAAAAGGCUCCGGAGCCUGCGCUCUUGGUGAGUGCUGAAAACUUUACUGUACUCAUCAAGAAUAAUAUCGACUUCCCUGGCCACAAUUACACCACGAGAAACAUCUUGCCGGAUUUAAACAGCACUUGCACCUUUCACAAGACUCGGGAUCCACAGUGUCCCAUUUUCCGACUAGGAGAUAUCUUCCAAGAAACAGGAGAUAAUUUUUCAGAAAUGGCAAUUCAGGGAGGAAUCAUGGGCAUUGAGAUCUACUGGGACUGCAACCUGGACAGAUGGUUCCAUCACUGCCGUCCAAAAUACAGUUUCCGUCGCCUUGACGACAAGACUGCCAAGGAGUCCUUGUACCCUGGCUACAACUUCAGAUUUGCCAAGUACUAUAAGGAAAAUAACACUGAAAAGCGGACCCUGAUAAAAGCUUACGGGAUCCGUUUUGACAUCCUGGUUUUCGGCACCGGGGGGAAAUUUGACAUCAUCCAGCUGAUUGUGUACAUUGGUUCAACCCUCUCCUACUUUGGUUUGGCCACUGUGUUCGUUGACAUGCUCAUCAAUACUUAUUCAAGUAAAUACUGUCGAUCGCAUGUUUAUCCCUGGUGCAAGUGCUGUCAAUUCUGCGCAGUCAAUGAAUACUACUACAAGAAGAAGUAUGAAUCCAUUGUGGAGCCAACACAGACAUUAAAAUAUGUGUCCUUUGUGGAUGAACCCUAUAUUAGGAUGGUAAAUGAAAGACUACUUGGGAGAAGUCUGCAAGAUGUCAAAGGUGAAAAAGUCCAGAGAUCCCAGCUGGACUUUUCGGACUUGUCCCGGCUGCCUCUGUCUCUUCAUGACCCACCCCCCAUUCCCGGACAACCAGAGGAGAUCCAGCUGCUCGGCGAAGAGGAACGCCUUAAAUCCAGGGACUGCCCGGAUUGGUGCCAGUGUGGAAACUGCCUUCCAUCCCAACUCCCUGAGAACCAAAGACGCCUGGAGGAGCUGUGCUGCCGGAAAAAGCUGGGUGCCUGUAUCACCACCUCAGAGCUAUUCAGGGACCUUGUGCUGUCCAAGAGGGUCCUGCAAUUCCUCCUGCAGUACCAGGAGCCCUUGCUGGUGCUGGAUGCAGAUUCUGCCAACAGCCGGCUGCGGCACUGCGCCUACAGGAGCUACACCACCUGGCGCUUUGGCUCCCAGGACCUGGCUGACUUCGCCAUCCUGCCCAGCUGCUGCCGCUGGAGGAUCCGGAGAGAGUUCCCCAAGAGUGAAGGCCAGUACAGCGGCUUCAAGAGUCCUUACUGA